GGGAAGUUGGCUAGCUACCGGCGCUGAAAGGAUUUGCUUUCUUCGGUUUUUAACCAAAAAUGCAGUGGGAUACCUGCUCAGCAGACUGCUGCCCCGGCCUGGAGCCCUGGGCUCACUUCGCAGCCUGCUGCUGACUUUCACUCCACAGCCCUGCUCGGUGUCCGCAGGGUUUCGCCCCCUUGCCCAAGUCUGCGGACAGAUCUCUGCCCAGGCGCGUUAACGUGGGCUGAUAGGCUACAGCCCCAAAGCAUCCAACUUGCGCCUCCAGUUUAUCUGCCCCACCCCCACCAAAGGACGUGCCCCUUUGGUAGUGUCGGGGCUCCCAGCCCGAAGCUGGGGGGUAGGGCGCUCCCUAUCCCCUCCUCCCCAUCCCCGCCGCGCUCGGGGUUUUACUGCAGCAGCCGGAGGUGACAGCGACGCCUAAGCCUCCCCGGUUGCUCUCAGAGCCCCAGCUUCCCCAGCAUCCGGAAAGCGCCCUCUCCUGAAAGGCCGAUCCGGGGAGAAGUACCAACCAGCCGCAGAGAAGCACAUUUAAAAAUGUAAAAGUCGCUGGGCUGCAUUCCUCCGAGGACGAGCCUGAUCGCCCAGGACUGAGUGGUAGUGCGUGGGAAGUUGGGACCGAAGAGCAAAGGGGGAGGGGAGUGGUGCAGUCGGCAUUCUCUUCUGGAAGGAGUCACUGGAGCAGUGCAGUUGGACACAAGUUUUCGUGGGAGUGUUUUCCUUUUGUGAAUAAUUAAUCGCCGUGAUCAGUCUGGCAGAAUUGGAGUUUUGGCAACAGUGCGGACCACGGGCCGAAUACCCAACUCUGACAAGCUCCGAGGCGGCCAGCGCAGGGGGAGCUCGCAGCGUCUGGAGAGGCGCCAAAGCGUUGGUGCUCACCUAACCUGCAGAGAGAUACACCCAGCCAGGAGAUGAAGAAACAGCCAGUCAGAGAGGCAAAGUAACCCAGGAUCAUUCUGUGGAAGAGCAAAGACGAGAAUUCAAACCUGGACCCUCCUAGGCAGCUAUAGCUUAUUACAGUGAAAGGAUACUCAACAGGAUCAGCAAGGAAGGAAUACAGAGGUGAAGUCUGAACAAAUCCAUUUACAGGCUUCCCAUUCUCUCUCCCUCUCAUGAGUGGACACACCGGGACAGACUUUCUGCAGCUUGAAGGAGCCAACGAUGGAUUUCAAGCGUGUGAAAGACUAUUUCUCCUGGCUCUACUAUCAAUACCAAAUCAUUAGUUGCUGUGCUGUCUUGGAGCCUUGGGAGCAAUCCAUGUUCAAUACCAUCUUACUAACCAUUUUCGCUAUGGUGGUGUAUACUGCCUACGUUUUUAUUCCAAUCCACAUCCGCCUGGCUUGGGAAUUUUUCUCCAAAAUGUGUGGUUAUCACAGUUCACUUUCUAAUUGAUCCUGUUUGCAUUCUCCGAAUUGGCAUUCACAUGUUUAUGCUGCUUUUUUGUUCUAGCUGAAUACUGUGUCCUUUUUCACUAUCUGACCUAAAAAGCUCUCACUUCUCUAUGCACCCUUAUAUCCUGCCUGAAAUUUGAGAUAGCUGUUUCUUUCGGUUCUUUUGUACACAUUACAUUGUGCAUCAGACCAUAGAUAAUACAAUGGCCUUACCUCACAUACCAUAUUUUCUCAACUUAAAUAAAUUUUCUUUGAAUCAGGAAAUUUCAUAUAAAAUUUUUGUGGAAAGUAGGCUUAUAAGAGACCUACCAGAAUCAUGUUUAAAAUGCUCCCCUGAUACCUAUUCUAUACUAAAGGAUAUAUUUUUAAAAAUUUGUUCAUAGGCUACUGUCAAAAGUGUCAUACCCUUGUUUACAAUAUAAAGAUGUGAAUAAAUUAUAUGGGUCCCCUAAA